CUGAGGAUGACGAGGCACCCAGCCUUCAGCGUGGUCUUCCAGCUGGAGUAUGUCUUCUCCGUCCCCCUGGCUGCAGAGGAAAAGAUGUCCUCCAUGACCGUGCAGAGGUCAGUGUUCAUGCAGUGUGUGCGCUGGGCGGUGUGGAGUCCUUUCUCUGAGCCGCGUGGCCCCAGCCAGAGUGUGUGUGUUGGCCUCCAAGGUGGUGCCAUUCCCAACCCCUUUGGUGUCAUGGUUUACACAGUGCACACGCAGCAGGCUGAUGCAGGGAAAAGCGUCGUCAAGUUCAAGCUCGCCUCUGACGUGGAACGUUCCACCUCCGGCGCGACGCCGAAAACAGCCGCUCGGGACGCGCCGCCGUCUAAGAAGUUCCACUCCACAUCUCAAGAUGAGAGUGAGCGGGAGCUGGAGGACACGCCCCUGCCCAGCGCCCAUGGUCCUGGGUUUGGCUCGGCCUCUGGGGAGCCCCCGAGCAUCGCCUCGCGCGCCGCCCGCUGCUGA